UCACACUACCGCGCAGACCGGAAGCAAUAGAGCUUUCCAGAAAAUACUUCAGAGCUGAAGCAGGAGUAGAGUGCGGCGGGUUUUCUGGCAAGUUUAGCUCACAUUUUCAACAGGACCAAAGUUGACAUUGUUCUUUUACACGUCAUUCCAUUUAGUGUGCCGUUGUUGAGUGGACUUCUCACGGAAAGAGAAGGAGGAGAGAGAGCUAGAAGAUGACGUCCAGGACUAUUGAUUACAGUGUGUGGGACCACAUCGAAGUAUCGGAUGACGAGGAUGAGACUCACCCCAAUAUCGACACGCCGAGCCUCUUCCGAUGGAGGCAUCAGGCGCGUGUGGAGAAACAGGUGGCCUUCGAGGAGAAAGGAGAGGAGCUGGAGAGGAACAUGGCAGAGUGUAAGAGACGUCUGGAAGAGGUGCAGUACAGAGUGAAGGAGUUAGAGGAGGAAGGAAAGAAGGAGGGAGAGGAGGAGAGGAAGACGGCGUUGAGCAAGGCCCAGGCCGAGGAGAAGAAAUACAGAAAGGAUCAACGCUUGUGGGAGAAGAAGAUGGAGGAACAUCGGAGAGAGGAGAAAAAGAUGCCUUGGAACGUUGACACGCUCAGCAAGGAGGGCUUCAGCAAGAGUAUGUUGAACAUCAAACCGGAAGUGACAGAAGAGACGGAGGAACAGAAGGAGGAGAAACACCAGACUUUUGUAGAUAAACACAAGAAAGAGAUCAAACAUUUUGGGAUGCUUCGGCGUUGGGAGGACAGUCAGAAGUACCUGUCUGACCACCCCUACCUGGUGUGUGAAGAGACGGCUAACUUCCUGGUUAUCAUGUGUAUCGACCUGGAGGUGGAGGAGAAACAUGGUUUGAUGGAUCAGGUCGCCCAUCAGACCAUAGUGAUGCAGUUCAUCUUAGAGUUGGCUAAGAGCCUGAAGAUCGACCCUCGAGGAUGCUUCAGAGAGUUCUUCCAAAAGAUCAAGACUGCAGACCAGCCCUAUCAGGAGGCCUUUACUGAUGAGCUGGAGUCCUUUAAAGAGAGAGUUCGAGGCAGGGCUAAGAUCAGGAUACAAAAGGCUAUGGAGGAGUAUGAGGAGGAGGAGAGACAGAACAGACUGGGGCCAGGUGGACUGGACCCUGUGGAAGUCUACGAUACUCUGCCAGAGGAAAUGAAGAAGUGUUUUGAUGAUAAAGACAUCUCAAUGCUGCAGGAAGCUAUCAGCAAGAUGGACCCCAUGGAGGCAAAGGGCCACAUGAAGAGGUGUAUUGACUCAGGACUCUGGGUUCCCAACGCCAAUACCGACAACGAAGAGGACAAAGAAGAAGACGAGGAAGAGGACAAAGAAGAUGAGGAAGAACCAGAGAAGGAGGGAGAGGCAGAGGAGGAGAAAUGACUCUGUCAUGAAUUGAAUCCUUCCUUUAGACUUUUGACCUUUUCAGACCUAGCUACACCCUUUACUAGCGUUAGCUUGUCUUAUUGAAAACAUGCUGUGAAGAUGCUAACUUCCCUAGCGUUAAUUGGGCUAGUAUCGCUAGCAUUAGCCUGACCCAUUGAAAACCUGCACCGGGCCAGUAUUUACAAAGAGUCAGCUCUAGGGUCAGAUUCCCCUCUCCAAUCCUGACGUUAACCAUUUGUGGAAAAUGCUAAACUUCACCCUGCUCCAGUUUCUACCCAUAGUCCCUUUCUCCAUGUCCCCAUCUUUAUAUUGACCCCCCCCACCUCACUUCUACCCAUAGUCCCUUUCUCCAUGUCCCCAUCUUUAUAUUGACCUCCCCCACCCACCUCACUUCUUACCCCUGUCGUCUCUUCUACCCAUAAUCCCAUCUUUAUAUUAACCCCCCCCAUCUCACUUCUUACCCCUGUCGUCUCUUCUACCCAUAAUCCCAUCUUUAUAUUAACCCCCCCCAUCUCACUUCUUACCCCUGUCGUCUCUUCUACCCAUAAUCCCAUCUUUAUAUUAACCCCCCCCACCUCACUUCUUACCCCU